AUGGAAGAAAGCGGCAUUAAUACCGAAUCGCGGGGGCUUUUAGGAUUACGCUUUACUAUUGACUAUCUGCUGUUCAACAAAGGUGCCAAGAGUGAGUGGGAGGGUUCAGAGAUGGAAAGCACCAACGUAAGCAAAGAUUCCCCCGACACCCAGGACAGUCAAAGGGAGGAGACCCCUCGAGAUGAAGAAGAGUGUCCAAAAAGUGCAAGCCCAGAGAUGGGUACAGAUGCAUCCGAAGAGGACAAUGAUGAGGAGGUCAAAGGUGAGGGGGCAGAAUGUAGUGACGGCCAAGAAGACAAGCCCACCCAGUCCUACAUUGCAUUGAUCUCAAUGGCCAUUCUGGCUUCGGAGGAGAAGAAGCUUUUGUUGUGUGACAUCUACCAGUGGAUCAUGGAUCACUAUCCUUAUUUCAAGAACAAGGACAAAAAUUGGAGGAACAGUGUCCGACACAACCUCUCCCUGAACGAAUGCUUCAUCAAGGCAGGGCGCAGUGAAAACGGCAAAGGCCACUUCUGGGCCAUCCACCCAGCUAACUACGAGGACUUCUCCAAAGGGGAGUACCACCGGCGUCGGGCCCGCCGGCGGAUCCGCCGGGUCGUUGGGCAGCUCCCGUACCCCCUCAUGUCCCCUUAUCACCCCCUCCAUCGACUCAAGGGGGCACCGUGCUGGUGUUGCCCCCCGAACCACCAGCUGCCCUACCUGCCUCCUGGGAUCUACUGGGGGUUGGCCGCCUUGCAGGCUCGACGCAACAUCACCAACCACGCUCUGUUAUAG